AUGACUGCCGGAGUUGAGAGCGGCCUCCUUCUCCCUCGGACUGGAGGCGAUGCCGCUUGGUUGAAUGAGAACAGGCCCAAGUUUGGGCAACUCGCCCAGGCAGGAGACAACUACUUUGUUCAACUCUUGGACGAGAUGCAGGACAGAGAAGACUUGGUGAAAGCCCUCUCUGUAGACCCAGACAUGCCUCUGUACACAGUCUCACACGCCGCGCCUCUAAGCCUGGGGCAGAAAGAGGCACUCGCAGAAGCCAUCACUCAUCUUCACGCAGGCAGAUUCAAGACUCCUCGCUGGUACAUAAACGUUAUCUUCACAGACGCUUCUGCCCAAACAGUUUUUGUCGGUGGUCGCCGGCGUCUCGUGAAUCACAUAACCGCCCGCGUCCGGAGCGGUCCUACUCGAAGCCGCGAGUCAUUUAAUGAGCUCUGCAGCGAGAUCAACUCUGCCUGGCACCGCAUUGUACACCCCGAGCUCUCAGCCUCAGAACUCCCACCGAGGGAGCUCGAGCUGGCUGCCAUUUUCAUCACGAGCGAGCUCGUCGCGGGCAUGAAGGUUGGGUUCCCAGUUCCGGCUGCGGGAACUGAGAUUGCGUGGGCCAAGGAGCAUUUUGAGUCUUUCAAGGAGAGGGCAGCGUUGGGUGACGAAGACUUUGUGGACUACGUCGAAGAGUUGGAAAAGAAGCCUGAGUUCAAUGCGGCACUGAGAAGUGACUGA